CGGCCGGGACAGGGCUCAGGAGCACGGUCAGCAGUGAAAGUGAGAAUUAACUCUGCAAACUGGGAUAAUUCUCAUCUUGGGAGCUGAUGAGUAAACAUAAACGCAUAUGAAGGGCAGCAGGAUGAAUGUGGAGACUCUCAGUAAAGCUGAACUUCUUAUGCUGCUCAGCAUUCUGGAAGGAGAACUGGAAGCACAGGAUGUAGUCAUACACACACUCAGGGCACAACAGAGAGAUGCAUUUGUACAGGAGCGAUACGGACAGUACGACCUCCGUGACCCAUUCGUAGCGCUGCUGAGGGACAGCGAGCUAUCACAGGCUCAGGAUGAUGGAGGGCAGGGUCCCGUGUGUCUGAACCCACUGGGCGUGUUGAGGCUGGUUAUGGCCCACUGCACCAACAUGAAGGAGAAAAUGAUGAAACAGCUUGCUGCUGCAGAAAGGAGACACAGACGGGUCAUAUCUGAUUUAGAGGAAGAGAAAAGACGGUGUGUUCAAGAUGCUGCCGCAGGUGAUGACAUCACAGCCAUGCUGGAGAAGGAACGAGAUAGACUACUGCAACAGCUAGAUGUAGAAAGGGCUCACGUCAAACGUUUGGAGCGUGAGCGGUCAGUCCUGUCGAAUCAGGCUGAGGAAGAUUUAGCACAGCAACAGCAGUUAUCUACCACACUGGCAAAAGAAUGUCAGAAGGCUAAAGCAUGGGCAGAGGAGGAGAGCCAACGUGUUGCAGAGCUCAGCCGCAAGCUGGAACAGGAGCGCAAUACCUACGACGCCCUGAAGGGGGAGCUGGAACGCGAACGCACUCGUGCUCAGCAGAUAGAGGCGAGAGCUGAAAGAGAGCUGGCUGAAUUUGAUACAGAGCGUGAGCAGAUGAGAGGGAAACUGCACAAGGAAGAAAAACUAUAUCAAGAGCUACAGGAGCAGAUGAAUAGUCUCAAGAAAGAGUUGGAUGAAAUACAAGAAAGGGAAAAAGCAGGGAGGGAACAAGUUGAUGAAGAAAAGGUAAAAACGCCAUUAAAAACACCUUUCAGUCACACAGAAAUGGAUGGCAAAACUGUUGGAUCAAAAUCAUCACCACAGCCCAAACUAAAUGGUCACCACACCUCCAGGGAAGUGGAGUCCCCAGUAGAGGAGCGGUGUAAGGAAGGGGGAUUGGUGGACAGUGGGGUGGGGCUCCCUGGAGGCGGAGCCAUGCUGUGUCUUUCUCCCAGCAGUCCCGCCUCAUCCUCCCUUAGCUCAUCUCCCUGCUCUUCCCCUGUCCUGACCAAGCGUCUGGCUUCUCUGGGUUGCUCUAGCCCCACCUAUCCUUCCUCCUACCAGGCUAGUAUCAACCAACGAUUCCAAGCUGCACGCCACAAGUUUCAGCAACAAGCCGAGGCAGAUCAGCACCAACACGUAGGAAGUGUUGUUCACUCACCACGGGACCUCUCCCCCACUGCAGCCCCUCCUACUCCUCCAGACAAUUGUAGUGCAAAGCAGAUCGCCCGCAACACUGUCACUCAGGUGCUGUCCCGAUUCACGAGCCAGCAAGCGGCAGGUAAACUCCCUCCAGCCAAUAGCUCGCCUUUUGGCACUGAUUACCGCAGCCUGACCGCCGCCUCAUCACCGACAGGGAAAACUCCUGGGGUUCUCUCACCUGGAAUCCGCUCGCCAAUCAUUCCUAGGGCAGAGAAGAUUCAUCCACCCCCUGUUCCUCCCAAAAAGCAAGGGGUCAAUCAGUCUCCUGGAUCUCCUGUGCCCUCCGGCAGGGCCAGCCAUUUCCCUGAGCUUUCUGGGAGCUGCGGUCUUACCAGCGGUCAGGAGGAGGCUAAAGAGCUUGACCUGGUCAUGUCUUCAUCUAGUUAACCAACCUGGAGCCCACAGCCAGAAUGCAUUCCAUUCCCUCCAAUGGCAUAUUUAGCACUCUCUGAAAACCUCAAAGAACCUUCAUUCAUGCUUUUCCUCACCCUAAAUGUCCAGUGUAGGGGUUUUUAAUCCUGUUCCUAGGGUACACUGGCACUUAACAUUUUGGAUGUCUCCCUUAUUGAACAGACCCGAUUUAACUUAUCAGCUCAAAAAUUGAGGCUCUAAGAUUUAAACUGGGUGUGUCAGUGAAGGAAGACAUUAAAAAUGUGCAGUGCUGGGGUACUCCUUGACCAGGAUUGAAGGCUGGACUUGUCAAGUGUACACAGUGGUUUUCCUCACUUUAUCCAUACUGGACUUGCCUUUUAAGACCAAAGUAUACUUUGGUUUUCCGUGUGCCACAAAUUUCAUCAACAGCACAGUAGGCCAGUGUUGCCAUGUCCGAUAUUAUAAGCGACUUUUGGCUUGUUUUUUCAUGAAUACACUUAAAAAUAUGGGCAGUCUUGUGUUUUUGGGGGGCUUAUUUCCAGAAAAUAGCCGCAUUUUUGGGCUUGCUUGUCCAGACAGCGUUGCUUAUUUCUCUUGCGAGAUCUGGCAAAACAGCAUGAAGCCCAGUUUUUCUAGACAUGCGCAGUUUGCAUCUGCACACGCUGUCUGCACAUGCGCUUGUCGUUGACUAGCAGACAAAGCAGUCUAAGUGUGCAUGUGUCGAAUGAGUCUGUAUUGGUUCUCGGUCAAAAGAGUAUACUUUGAAAGGCUAAGAGCUCAACCAUGCGUGAGACAGAACAGCACACGGAAAAACGAAUUAUACCCUAGCCUUAGAUGCUGUCCAAGAUAAUGCACUAUUAGUGAGGCCCCACUGAAAACAUUUGGUAUCCCAGGAAAAACCUCCAGAAAACCAGCCCAACCAGGAAAAAAUGGGAGAGGCAACUAUGGCUCAAACCUGAUCAACUUUGUCAAAUGCUACUCAUAUAAUAUUGAAUUUAUUUAUAUAUUCUUUUAAUCAUUUAAAAUAUUUUAUUAUACUGUUUUUAUUUUUUACAGAAAAGAUUAUUUAUCCUGAAAUGUUGUUCCUUGCCAGGCCAUUCCUAAUGUGAGAUGACCUGCAAGAGGAAAAACUAAGUAUAUUAAGCCAAAAUUAUGUUAUGAAAUUGAAAGCAAAUACUGAUCAACCAAGUCAUCCUCCAAUUAAUCAGUCCGUCUUAGGCUACUAAUGAGAACCAGACUGUCCUGAUCUCUGUUCGGUGAAUGUGUGAAGUUUAGAUUCUGUUUAUGGUAAAUAUAUAAUAUAUACAGUAUAUAGCUGUGGUUUUCUGUCGAGCAGUCUUAGUCUUGUUGUUUAGUUGUUGUUCAUUUUGCUGUCCAUAUGUUAAAAUUAACUAAAGAAGAGACUUUUUAAGGGACCGUUAUGAAACUGAUAUGGAAAACCUGUCUCCUACUGCAUUAUACAAUGAUUGCAUCACCCUCUAGUGUCUUUGAUAAGAAGUGCUUCUCAGGAAGCUGGUCAGGCAGCAUUAAACAUCUGCCAAAUCAAAAUACCUUCUCUGAAAAUGAAGAUUAAAGAAAUUGCAUUUGGUUUUUAUGCUACACAGACUUUCAGACAUGAUUUAAAUUGUUGUAAUCAUUUAGAAACAGAUCAAAAAAAAAAAAAAAAAAAAAAAAAAAAAAAAAAACUGAGGGCCAAAACACUGACUGCUUUUCUGGUUUUAUUUAAACAUGUCUGUAUGUAUUUCUGCAUGUAAGACUGCUCUUGAUAUAUUUUGUUUAUACUGGGCAGUCUUAUAUUUUAAAUUUAACCUUAAUUAGAUAUUAGGUAGAACUUAUUGCACCAGUUUACAUGAUUCACAACCAUGGUAAAAAAAACAAAUAAGUUAUGUCAUCAUUCAAUGAUUACCCUGAGAAUUUCAUCUUACCAUUGUCCUUUUUUCAAGUCUUUUGACUUUAUACUAGUUGUAUGAAAACAGAAAUUAUUUAAAUGUUAAAGUCCUGCUGUCAUUAAAGUAUUGCUCACAUGAAUACAUUAUAGUCUUUACCUGCUUAUAAGAGAUCAAAGUAUGUUGGGUUUUAAUGAGAAAAUGUGUCCAAAAAACUCUUCACUGUCAUUUAAUUUUUUCUGUUUUUAAAUACCUCACUGUUUCUCCUACUGUACUGCAACCUUUUUAAGUAGCAGUUUAGAUUUCUACUGUAUCCUUUUUUUUUACAUAAAACAAAAAAAAAAAAAAAACUGAAACAAUACUUAGAUAAAUACCUGUGACCUGCGGAACCAUUGUCCUUUUUAAACCUUUUUAACUGCUUAGCUAGUUGUAUGACAAACAAAUGGUUAAAUUAGUUGUAUUUUUCUGAUGCCUUUACAAUAAACUAGUGGAGUUGAAUUUA